CUGCGCUCCCUCUGCUGCAGGAUGCUGUUUCCUCCCUGCCUGGUGGGCUGCUCGAGGACCUGCUCCCGAGUCCUGGGGCUGAGCCUGGGGGCUACAGCGCUGUUUGCUGCUGGCGCCAACACAGCACUCCUCUUCCCCAACUGGGAUGUCACCUACCUCCUGCGGGGCCUCGUGGGCCGGCAUGCCCUGCUGGGCUCCGGGCUCUGGGGAGGGGGCCUCAUGGUGCUCAUGGCUGCCACCCUCAUCUCCAUGAUGGGCUGGAGAGGCUGCUGCUUUGAGAAGACCGCACCAUGUUGCAGUAUCCUCACCGCUCUGCUUGCCAGUGGUUUGGCUUUGCUUGGAGCCCUCAUCUGCUUUGUCACUUCCGGAGUGGCCCUGAGAGAUGGCCCACUGUGUAUGUUUGACAUCUCAUCCUUCAAUCAGACACAGGCGUGGAAAUAUGGUUACCCCUUCAAAGACCUGCGGCACAAAAAUUAUCUGUAUGAUCCUUCCCUCUGGAGCUCAGUCUGCCUGGAGCCCUCCAAGGCUGUUGUCUGGCACGUAGCCUUCUUCUCUGUUCUCCUGUGCGUGAGUGCCCUCCAGCUUCUUCUGGUGGCCAUCCAUUCCGUCAACAGCCUCCUCGGCCUCUUCUGCAGCUUCUGUGAGGAGUGACAGGGUCUCCCUAUGUAGUCCUGACUGGCCUCCA